ACUUGGGGUCAGCCGAACCUGCGGAUGAUGUUUUAGAGAGAAAUAUGGUCUUUUGUGCCCUUUUACACUCGUGUGGUCGACUGUAAAACUCCCUAAACAUGACUCAGAUUAAGAAUAAAAGGAGGGGAAAAAAGGAAAAGAAAGAAGGGGGGAAGAAAAAAAAAGAAAAAGAACUUUGGGCCACUCCUCCAUCCAAGGCGUGGAGUGAUACCAAAUUAAGUGCUGGAGAAGAAAGUAAUUCCGGCUGCAAGAUGGCUGCUACUAGAGUUUUAAGAUUUAGAACAAACUUUUGUGUGUUUUUUUUAUAGUCAACAUGAUGCCGCCCAGUGUUAGUAGAAACUACUAUAAAGUCUAGUGGUAUCUUAAUUAUUUAUUUUUUCUUUUUAAAUCUCGGCGAGGUUUGAUGGGAGACUGAGAUGAUGCGGGAAUGCAGUGGACACGAUGCUAAAGACGGAGCCUAUAAACUUUUCUUUACUUUGUUUUUUUGUGUGUGUGUGUGGCUCCAUUAGCAUCGUAGCUCCGGUACCGAACUAAAGGAGUAAACACACAGCACACAACAUGUCGUGGCUGAUCGACUACAUUUGGGGGGCAAGCUAUGCUAUCAGCACACGGGCCCCUUCCUCUGGCGACGCUCCUCCCCUUUGGUCAGAAAGCCCCUCCCUCUCCAGACAGUCACUCCCCCAGUCUGGUGCUCUGUCCUGGCAAGCUGCGAUCACUGCGGCGAGAAACGCCAGGGCCGACGGCACCCAGACCAUAAGCACGUCGGACAGUGCUCCAGUAGGCUCGCUGUCGCAGAGGAAGAGGCAGCAGUAUGCCAAGAGCAAGAAGCAGGGUAGCUCCACCAAUAGCAGGCCUCCACGGGCACUCUUCUGCCUCACCCUCAACAACCCGAUACGCAGGGCCUGCAUCAGCCUGGUGGAGUGGAAACCCUUUGAUAUCUUUAUAUUGCUGUCUAUUUUUGCCAACUGCGUGGCCUUAGCUGUUUACAUCCCCUUCCCUGAAGACGAUUCCAAUUCAACUAAUCAUGACCUGGAGACAGUAGAAUAUGCCUUCCUGAUCAUUUUUACUAUUGAGACCUUUCUGAAGAUCAUAGCCUACGGACUGGUAAUGCACCAGAACUCUUACGUUAGAAACGGCUGGAACAUGCUGGAUUUCAUUAUAGUCAUAGUGGGGCUGUUCAGCGUGGUUCUGGAGCUGAUGACCAAAGAGGGAGAUUCAGGUCAGUCCGGAGGGAAGCCGGGCGGCUUUGAUGUCAAAGCUCUGCGAGCGUUCCGCGUGCUCCGACCACUCCGGCUCGUCUCAGGAGUACCCAGUUUACAGGUUGUGCUGAACUCCAUUAUUAAAGCCAUGGUUCCUCUGCUGCACAUUGCUCUGCUCGUGCUCUUCGUUAUCAUCAUCUAUGCCAUCAUUGGCCUGGAGCUCUUCAUUGGGAAGAUGCAUGCCACCUGUUACAUGAAUGGUACACGUACAUUAGCAGAGGAAGAGCCUACCCCCUGCACUCUGUCAGGUCAUGGACGCCACUGUUCUGUUAACGGUAGCAUGUGUAGAGACGGCUGGCAGGGGCCCAACAAUGGCAUCACCAACUUUGACAACUUCCUGUUCGCAAUGCUGACUGUGUUCCAGUGCAUCACCAUGGAGGGCUGGACGGAAGUGCUGUAUUGGAUGAAUGAUGCCAUGGGUUUUGAGUUGCCAUGGGUCUACUUCGUCAGUCUGGUCAUCUUUGGUUCCUUCUUCGUCCUCAAUCUCGUUUUGGGUGUUCUUAGUGGAGAGUUCUCUAAGGAGCGUGAGAAAGCUAAGGCACGUGGAGAUUUCCAGAAGCUGCGAGAGAAGCAGCAGUUGGAGGAGGACCUGAAAGGCUACCUGGACUGGAUCACUCAGGCUGAGGAUAUCGACCCGGAGAAUGAUGAGGAUGGAGACCAAGAGGGAAAACGCAACCCGAGUAUGCCAACCAGUGAGACUGAGUCUGUUAACACAGACAGUCCAAAUGGAGAAGACGACAAGAUCUGCUGUUGUGGGCCAGUCUGUCAAAAAAUUACUAAGUCAAAGUUCAGGUCAGUAAACAACCGUAGUUGGCGACGCUGGAACAGAUUCUGUCGCAGGAAGUGCAGAGCAGCGGUGAAAUCUACCAGCUUCUACUGGCUGGUCAUUGUCCUGGUGUUCCUGAACACUCUCACCAUAUCCUCUGAACACUACAACCAGCCUGUCUGGCUCACUGAAGUACAAGAUGUAGCCAAUAAGGUGUUGCUGGCCAUGUUCACCUGUGAGAUGCUGAUUAAGAUGUACAGCUUGGGCCUGCAGGCGUAUUUCGUGUCUCUGUUCAACCGCUUCGACUGUUUUGUGGUGUGCGGCGGCAUUGUGGAGACCAUCCUCGUCGAGCUGGAGAUCAUGUCACCUCUCGGUAUCUCCGUGUUCCGUUGCGUCCGUCUGCUCCGCAUCUUUAAAGUCACCCGUCACUGGGCUUCUCUGAGUAACUUAGUUGCCUCUCUGCUGAACUCCAUGAAGUCCAUUGCCUCCUUGUUACUGCUGCUCUUCCUCUUCAUCAUCAUCUUCAGCCUGCUUGGCAUGCAGCUCUUUGGUGGCAAAUUCAACUUUGAUGAAACAAUGACCAAAAGGAGCAACUUUGACAACUUCCCUCAGGCCUUGCUCACUGUCUUUCAGAUCCUGACAGGUGAGGACUGGAACGCAGUGAUGUAUGAUGGGAUCAUGGCAUAUGGAGGCCCUUCCUCUUCAGGCAUGAUGGUGUGCAUCUACUUCAUCAUUCUUUUCAUCUGUGGAAACUACAUCCUGCUGAAUGUAUUCUUGGCCAUUGCCGUGGACAACCUGGCGGAUGCGGAGAGCCUGAACUCGGCACAGAAAGAACAAGAGGAGGAGAACAAGAGGAAGAAGAGAGCCAGAAGGAAAGGUAGCAUGGACAAGAAAGAAGAGGAUAAAGGAGGUGAAGAUGGAGAAACUAAGGGUGCAUUAGAGGAGGACACAGGGGAUGAGGAAAGAGAGGCAGUUAAUUCUACAGAUGUGGAUGAUGACCAAGAUGUUCCAUCAGAACCCCGUCCUCAGAAGCUGUCGGACUUUAGCCUCAAGGAGAAGAUUCCGCCCAUUCCUGAGGGCAGCGCUUUCUUCAUCUUCAGCCACACAAAUCCGUUCCGUGUGGGCUGCUAUCGUCUGAUCAACCACCAGAUCUUCACCAACAUUACCCUCGUCUUCAUCAUGCUUAGCUCCUUCUCGCUGGCAGCUGAGGACCCCAUUCGAAACCUCUCAGCACGGAACACUAUUCUUGGUUAUUUUGACUAUGCCUUCACAGCUAUCUUUACAGUAGAGAUCCUACUGAAGGUCCUAGGCUAUGCUGAUUAUGUCUUCACUAGUAUAUUUACCUUUGAGAUCGUAUUAAAGAUGACGGCCUAUGGUGCGUUCCUACACAAAGGAGCAUUCUGCAGAAACUACUUCAACCUGCUGGAUUUGCUAGUUGUUGGAGUCUCUUUGGUGUCCUUUGGCAUACAGUCCUCAGCCAUCUCCGUUGUAAAGAUUCUAAGAGUACUGCGGGUGCUUCGUCCUCUUAGAGCCAUCAACAGGGCCAAAGGACUCAAACAUGUCGUGCAGUGUGUGUUUGUGGCCAUCAGAACCAUCGGCAACAUCAUGAUCGUCACCACUCUGCUACAGUUCAUGUUUGCCUGUAUUGGGGUGCAGCUCUUCAAGGGGAAGUUUUACCGCUGUACAGACGAAGCCAAGUCGAGUGAACAAGAAUGCAAGGGGACAUUCAUACUGUAUAAUAUUGGUGAUAAUGCAUUGCCACAAGUGCGGGAGAGGAAGUGGUUAAACAGUGAAUUCAACUUUGACAACGUUCUGAAUGCUAUGAUGGCUCUUUUCACUGUGUCAACCUUUGAGGGCUGGCCAACCCUCUUAUACAAGGCUAUAGACUCAAACCGAGAAAACAUGGGGCCCAUCUACAACUACCGCAUCGAGAUCUCUAUCUUCUUCAUUAUCUACAUCAUCAUCAUCGCCUUCUUCAUGAUGAACAUCUUUGUGGGUUUCGUCAUCGUCACCUUCCAGGAGCAGGGAGAGAAGGAGUACAAGAACUGUGAGCUGGACAAAAACCAGCGUCAGUGCGUGGAGUACGCUUUGAAAGCUCGUCCAUUGCGGAGAUAUAUUCCAAAGAACCACUACCAGUAUAAGUUCUGGUAUGUGGUAAAUUCCACUGGUUUUGAAUAUGUCAUGUUCGUUCUCAUCAUCCUGAACACACUCUGUCUGGCUGUGCAGCAUCACGGCCAGUCUCAUCGCUUUAAUUAUGCUAUGGACAUUCUCAACAUGAUGUUCACAGGAGUCUUCACAGUGGAAAUGAUUCUUAAGCUCAUCGCCUUCAAACCCAGGGGUUAUUUUGGCGAUGCCUGGAAUGUGUUUGAUGCCCUGGUCGUGAUUGGCAGCGUAGUACACAUCAUUCUGAGUCAGCCGACAGAAGCUCCAGUAGUGGCAGUGGAGCGAGGGAACACAGAGGAUAGCGGACGAAUUUCCAUCACAUUCUUUCGUCUGUUUCGAGUCAUGCGUUUGGUCAAGCUGCUGAGCAGAGGAGAGGGCAUUCGGACACUACUCUGGACUUUCAUCAAGUCAUUUCAGGCUCUGCCGUAUGUCGCUUUGCUGAUAGCCAUGCUCUUCUUCAUCUACGCAGUAAUCGGGAUGCAGGUGUUCGGGAAGAUUGCGAUGGUGGAUGGCACACAUAUUAAUCGCAACAACAACUUCCAGACUUUUCCACAAGCUGUACUCCUGCUGUUUAGGUGUGCUACAGGAGAGGCUUGGCAGGAGAUCAUGCUAGCAUGUAUGCCUGGUAAACUGUGUGACUCUGAAUCUGAAAUCACCCCUGGAGAGGAGAAAUCAUGUGGCAGUGGUUUUGCAAUCAUCUACUUCAUCAGCUUCUACAUGCUCUGUGCUUUUCUGAUCAUCAAUUUGUUCGUGGCUGUGAUCAUGGACAAUUUUGACUAUCUGACACGCGACUGGUCAAUCCUUGGACCGCAUCACUUGGAUGAAUUCAAGAGGAUUUGGUCUGAAUAUGACCCAGAGGCAAAAGGGAGGAUUAAACACUUGGAUGUUGUGACAUUACUGCGUAGGAUUCAGCCACCACUGGGCUUCGGUAAACUCUGUCCCCAUAGGGUGGCAUGUAAGAGGCUGGUUGCCAUGAACAUGCCUCUAAACAGCGACGGUACUGUCAUGUUUAAUGCCACCCUUUUUGCUCUGGUCAGAACGGCUCUGAAGAUCAAGACUGAAGGAAAUUUGGAACAGGCCAAUGAGGAACUGAGGGCUGUCAUUAAGAAGAUCUGGAAGAGAACUAGUUCAAAACUCCUGGAUCAAGUGGUACCACCUGCAGGAGAUGACGAGGUAACAGUGGGGAAGUUCUAUGCCACUUUCCUGAUACAGGACUACUUUAGGAAAUUCAAGAAACGCAAAGAGCUAGGUCUUGUAGGACGGCACCCUACCAGUCAUAACACCACCAUUGUGCUACAGGCUGGUCUGCGGACACUGCAUGACAUAGGCCCUGAGAUUCGCAGAGCCAUAUCAUGUGACCUGCAAGAUGAAGACCUGGUAGACUUUAACCCCGAUGAAGAAGAAGACAUAUACCGGAGAAAUGGUGGCCUCUUUGGAAAUCAUGUCAAUCAUGUCAAUGGGGAUCACAGAGGCUCAUCCACCUCCACCAAUGUGACCCAGCGACCCCUCCACGUCCCACCCCUUCCCUUCUAUGUGCAAGUUGAGCCUCCUCCACAGCCCCUUUAUGCCCAAAAUCGUCCGUAUUCAAACCCCAACUUGUACUUCAAGUCCCCCAAGUCCUCGAACUCCAACCUCAACAAUGCCAAUGUGCCAUGCAUGCCUGUCCUAACCAAUGGAGGGCAGUACCGCCCUCACACAGAUCGGCUCACCAGAAGCCGGGUGUCUUCCCUGGGUUCCUACCUCAACCUCAGGAGUGAUGCAGAAUCACAGCGAAAGUCUCAUUUUAAGAGACCACGAUACUAUGAGACCUAUAUUAGGUCAGACUCAACAGCUGGUUUUUACCCCACCAUCUGCCGACAAGCAUCUCUCCACGGGGAUGUAAGCGAUGAUGACAGAGGUUCAGUGGAGUAUUACAGCGGGGAGGAGUUUCAGGAGGAUGACCUCAUGCUGGCUGGGGACAGGAGGUCAUACAGAGAGUAUCAGGACACAGUAAGCAGUUUGGAGUCAAAUCCUCCUCAUGAGAACCAAGACCCUGAAUGUUUCUAUGAUGAUGACGAGCAGCCCAUUUGCCAGGAACCUAAGAAAUCACCGAUGAGAAGGCUUCUGCCCUCAACACCUCAGGCUCCUCAUAGACCUUCUUUCAACUUUGAGUGUCUGUGCAGACAAAGAAGCCAGGAUGAGACUCCUCAUUCUCCCUCCUUUCAUCAGCACACUGCUCUACCUCUGCAACUAAUGCAGCAUCAGGUGAUGGCUGUAGCUGGCCUAGACUCCAGCCUAGCACGACUCUCUCCUACACGCUCGAUCCAAUCAUGGUCCACGCCCCCGGACACGCCCCCAUCCUACACCCCUCUCAUCCAGGUGGACUGGCAUGGAGAACCACCCAGUGCCAGCAGCACUCCAGCAUUGGCUCGCCGGAGCUCCUGGUACACCCAGAAGGGCCAUGAUUGGUCACCCAAAUCGGUCACACCCACUUCCUCCCUCUUACAGAUCCCACCUGCCUACAGCAGUCAGUAUCUGCAGCAGAGAGGCAGCGCUCAUAGUCUGGUGGAGGCAGUGUUGAUAUCGGAGGGACUGGGAAAAUAUGCAAAGGACCCAAAUUUUGUGGCAGCAGCCAAACAUGAGAUCGCAGAUGCAUGCGAGAUGACUAUUGAUGAAAUGGAAAGUGCGGCAAGCAACUUGCUAAAUGGAAGUCUUGGCAAUAGCGUGGGAUCAGAUGGUACCGGCACGCCCCAGAGCAUUAUAGGCCACAGUCUCCACAACUACAGCGAUGAGGAGACAGAGCCAAACAGUAAAUACGAGGAGGACCUCACAGACGAAAUUAUAUGCAUCUCAAAUUUAUAGCAUUUGCUAAAAAAAAAAAAAAGAAAAAAAAAAAAAAAAAAGAACAAA